AUAGUCUUCGUCAUUCAUGUUUUAAUUUUGGAUGAUUUUAGCUGCAUUCGUUCGGAAAUACAGUGCAUCAACUCGCGGGUGGCGAAAAACACUUCAAGAAGAUCGUCGUGGUUUCCCGCAGAAAGCGAAACGUGCUGUGUUGUGUUCGGUGUCGCCUGAAACGUAGCCCAUAUUGUACUUGUUCUUUGAUUUGCUGGUUCUACCACCCCGUUGUUAAAGCACUGCACAAUGCAUUUAAGUGAAACGCUCAACACCGUUUGACGAAAAAUGGUGAAGUGAUUAACAUAAAACUCUGUGUUAAGAGUGGAAAUGGAAAGGAAGGCGAGCGCUUUACAUGAGCAGAAAUCUGCACAUCGAUCUUCGAUUACUCGAUCGUCUAGCAGAGGAGCGAGUGUAGCAUAAACAUUUUCCAGAACAAAGAUUUCACCGUGUUAUGAUUCCGCUGGUAUUUGUUUCGGAAACGUGAUAAGAUAUCUCGAUUGUUGUUAUUCUCCAGCUAGUGCAAAUCUGAAGGCCUCGCAGCCUCAUCCGAUGUUUUAAUGUGCAAAAAAGUAAACCUAUGCUCCAUUCUAAUGGUGUCUGAUUUGAGAAAAAAGUAAAAAUAUUAAAUAAGCUGUGUUGCCUGUGCCUUGAUGUGCAUGUGUGUAUGUCUACGACCGUGCCCGCACUUGAAGCUCCGACUGGAUCAUGCAAGAUUGAUAAAAGAGUUCUCGGUAAACGACGCGCACGAGUCGCGGGGUUGUUUGUUUGUAUAUAAAUUUAUACAAUCGUAUGAAUCAACCGCAGCACUAGCAGCAGCAGCAGCAGCAUUCAUUCCGGCAGCAUUUGCAACUCGUUGUCCGACAUAAAAACGGUUUACUUUGUGCGGGCUGCGUCAGAAGAUCACUUGACGACGGCGACAGAAAGGGAAGCGGAACGGAGCUCAUCCGGCAAAACGAAGAUGAGCAUAAACAAACCGACUUUCUCCGGCGGUCUGACGAUGCCGGACGGGAACUGCGACACCAGUUACUAAAUAGCGCACGUCGACCUUUGGAAAUGGAUGCACGUUGGAAAAAUGCAUCGCAGUCAACAAUAACAGCCAAGACACAACCGAUCGAUAGCUGAUGGUGGACGUUUCAAAACUCUGGCUCUUAUUGCCCUCACAAUUAGAUUUAAUUUUAUAAAAGUCAGCAACCUUUUACGUUAAGCAUCAAUUCUGAGGUUCCUGCGGAGAGGUGACUCACGAAUAUUACCUACAAAGUAACAAAGCAAAGUUCGUUUGAAAAUAGAAAUUAGCAACCGAUAGACAUCGAUUUGCAUUCAUCCCAAUGCGGUCUGCUCUGGGUGGAAUCCGCAACGUAGAACCUUGAAGCUGAUUCGCGAAACAAAGCACUCCUCUUACGUCGUGAAACCUACCGUGAAUUAUCAACCGAUCGAUCGAAGCAACCAUUCGGGCAGAAACGAACGACUCCAGCCAGCUGGUGGGGACCGUAGAGAACGUGAAAUAUACCGGCUGAAGACGGGCGAAUAAGAGGAACAGAAAAGCAUCGUAACGAUAAGAAUCCCUCCAACCAGAUGGCAACGAAUAAAGAAGUCUACCACGAGGGCUGGCUCAUCAAAUCGCCACCGACGAAGCGAAUCUGGCGUGCGCGAUGGCGAAGACGUUGGUUCACGCUGAAGCAGGGCGAACUGCCGGGUCAGUUCUUUCUCGAGUACUACGCCGAUCGGAAAUGCCGUAAGCUGAAGGGCACCAUCGAUCUCGACCAGUGCGAACAGGUGGACGCGGGGCUACGGUUGGACCGGCAGAAGGAAAAGUACGCGCACAUGUUCGACGUGAAGACGCCAACGCGAACGUACUACCUGGCGGCGGACACCGAGGAAGACAUGCGUGGCUGGGUGAACUGUAUCUGCCAGGUUUGCAGCCUGCAGGAAACGCAAACCGUCGACGAUCGCCCAUAUUAUAACAUCGGUGCGAUCAACAUGGCCGAUGCGAUCAAUAUGGCCGAAACGGUGGUGGAAACGAGAGCCCCUACAAGAUCCACCGCGGGCAACGGCGUUCCCGCUGUGCAGCAGACGGAAACGGACGUGUCGAACGAAACGGAAACGACCAUGCUGAAUCACUCGGUGACGGCAGAUGCUGCCAUGGAGCAGCAGCAGCAGCACCAGCAGCAGGUUCCGCAGCCACAACCACCCGUUCAACAAAUGCCGAAACGUACCGCAACGGCGGCAUACAACCCGUACGGAACGUACCAGAACGAGGAGAUGAUGGGCUUGCGAUCGAUGGACUACACUAACCGAGAGACGAUCAUAUGCGAGGCCAAGCUGGGUGGUGCGCAUCCAUCGCAAACGAAUGCCGAAGCGUACUCGAACCUGGACGUGAUCAUUGAGCGAUCCCAAUCGCUUCGCGGGAAACCGGGUGGCAAAAAUGGAGAAGCUUCGACGUCCUCCGCCACAUUGCUCGCGAACGGAGGCAGUCCACUGGUGAAUCAUAUGCGUACACAAUCGUUGAACAUUGAGCAACAACAGCAACAGCAGCACCAUCGUAAGAAAAUUCCGGAAAAUUUAAAGCUCACCGAACGGUCCCCCUCGAACGCGUUUGAUAGUGGGCCGGAGCAACCAUCGCCGGCCUUAAGCACCUCAUCCGGUCCCUACAUACCGAUCAGCGAGUGCUACUCGGGUAGUCCGGUAACGCCGCUCAAUUCACUCGAUCCACGGUUCUACGAAACACCCCGGAGCCACACCAACAUUGGCUUCAAUCUCGUCAACAACGAGCAACCGUACUCACCAAAGAGGAACAACGUUGGCGGUCAAUCGGUCGGGCCUUCGUCGUUGGUAACGCCAACGGGAGCAUCGGGGAAGAUCGCUACCACUCCCGGCUCAUCCGGUGGCAUCGUGAUCCCCCCGAGCAGUGGUAAAUCGAGCCCGUCCGAUUCGGAGAGUGUCUUCACCGAUGAUGAGUGGACGGCAAAUGCCGCCGGAGGUGGUGGAGAAGGUGGCACGAGUGCCUCGGGUGGAAGCGGAGAAGGUGGCGCGAAGAUGGGUAACGGCGGUACUGGUGGAACGAUCGAUCGGAACACCCGACCGUCGGACAGUUCCAUCGAAAACGAUGCCGUUGGAUGGACGUAUGUGCAGCGAUUUUCCAAAGUUCCCAAUACGGAGGAAAAGCAACAACAACAACAACAACAACAGCACCAGCAACAAUCUCAGAAGUUGCAGCAAAUCUCCGGAUCUUCAGGGAAUGGGGGGUCCACUAUGGCCGUAGCUGCAGGCGCUGGGCCAGCAGCAGGAGCCCCGCCGAGACCACCGAAAAGAACGAGCAUGAAUUUGGAAGGAAUCGAAAAGAGCAAAGAAUUUAUUUCAUCCGAUACGGAAAAUGUUUCCCCCGCCAUUGGACCGAAGGAAGCGUCUGCUCACAUCGAGCAGUUUUACGAUAUUCCACGUUCCCAUCAGCAUCCGUACACCACCGGAAGUAGCAUGCAUCUGGCGGACGGUGACCUACUGUCGCCGCUCAGCCAUUGCGAUCUGGUCGCAUCGAGUACGCCGAAUUUGAUCAGUGAAUUUGGCGGUAGCCAGUGCGGUACGCUCGGACGCCCCCGUCCUCACUGCUACACGAACGCAGCCCCGACGAAGGUGGAGGGAAAUGUGUUUCGCUUUGAUUUCAGUGAACAGCCUGACGCUUCAGCACCGGCCAUCAAUCGUCGCCUGAAGCCCCGUUCGACGUUGGAUAUCACGAAAUCGAUCGAAUCAGUUACGCUGGGCGUAAAGCAGCAGCAAAUUGCACUCGUUAAUUCGACCGUUCCAGUCACACCGGUACCACCACCACCCCCGGCGAGUGGAGGGAGUGGCGGAAGUGGCCAACAACAGGCAGCCAAAAGUCCUCCGACCGUUGAUCGCACACGUAAACCGGCAACACCAAAGUUCGGGACAAAUUCUAUGCGUCGCAAGGGAGGCCCCGUCGCGCUGAAUCUAGCUUCGAAUCAAGCCACGGAAAGUACCUAUGGCAACACGCAGGACGCAAAUAUGUCUUUGCUGUCGGUGGUAUCUCCACGUGCCGCGGGAAAGAACGAGGAUCGUUUACAGUAUCUCGAUCUGGACCACUCGAGCAGUCCGCAAAAAUCGAACUCCGCCAACACAAACUACUCCGGACCGAGCAGUAUCGGUGGUGGUGUUUACAGCGGGACAAGUGGCUCCCAAAACCUAGCGGCCACUUCGUCUUCCGCCGUCAACGAUGGUGGUCUCUCUGCCACCGGUUCGUCGGGAAUGUACGGUGGUUCCUCGAGACACCAUCAUCAUAAUCAUCAUCAUCGGGAUGGAGAAUCGUCAUACGGAGCAGGAACGGGUGUGACACCGAAACCCGUGGUCCAAACCAGUCGCACACCGUACACGACGGUGGAUUUUGUGAAGACCGAUGCCUUCAACCGGGUGCGCGCCGACUCCGAACUAACGCGUGCCCAAUCGCGGCUGAAAGAUCAAACGUCCUAAGCGGUUGGGGCGAUGAAUUCAGGGCAACGAUAUCCAUCUCUCUGUGUGUGGCUUCCUUUAUUCGAUCUUUCGCCUUUAAAUAGCACCUUUUAAACCAGUACAGCAGUUUGUUCACGCUUCGUAUCGCGAAAGCUUGAUCCAAAGAGAAGGGCUCGAAUAGAAGGGCAUUGGCAAAACGAAGAAGUAUGGAAAGACGUAAAACACGGUGAAAAGUGCGAACAUAGUUAAGUGCAAUUAAUGCAAUUUGCCUUAUCUACUCUUACUCCAUAUAAGCUGUUAACGUUAGUAUAUAAUCCAAACGCGGACGUAACAACGGUGUGAAUGAGUUUGAGGGAUUAUUUUUUUAACAGUUUUCUUUUUUUUACCUUUUAACAUACGCAUGGGGUUGUGAAAAGCAGUACCCAUCAUCAUCUAGAACAAAUGCGAAGCGCGUUUAUGUAAACGAUCGAAAACACGGAUCGAACAUAGUAGCCUAGCGCCUGUGAUUUCAAAACAACACUGAGACAAACAUUUAACGACAAGAAGGUGCGGAUAGACGAACAGAUAGACUGCGUGGAAUGGGAGGGGAAACCAUUUGAGUACACUAGUAUUUGCGUUAUGGGAAGGGACAGAGAGACAGAGAGAGAGAAUGAAGAGAUGAAAUUUUACAUAUUUCGGUUACUACCAUAUACAUAUACAAGAAACAAAGUAAUCGGUGAUUAAUCACAUUAGCAUGACUUUAGAAAUUAAUCCACACUGUAUUCGGUAGGAAUACUAUGCUUCCAGCUUUGAGCAAAUUGUAACUGUUAAACACUCUAGCAUGGAAUUGAAACGAAACGAAAAGAUGAUUUUAUUGUAUAGAGAUAACCACAAACAGCAUUUUGGCUCCACGUUGCUCACGUGAUUGACGUACCAGGACAAAAAAAAAAAAGAUGAACGAUGCAAUCCAUUUUGCGCUGCAUUUAUCAGUAAGGU